AUGGACGCUGGACUGCUCCUCGCCUUUGGGCUGCUGGCCCAGGGCCUCGGCCUGUCUACAGGGGUCCCCGGGCCAUGGAGGCCCAGCAUCCUGUUCCCCUGGCGCCGGACACCAGGGUUGGGCCGUGUGCGGAGAGCCUGGGUCAUCCCACCCAUCAGCGUGUCUGAGAACCACAAGCGUAUCCCCUUCCCCCUGGUGCAGAUCAAGUCGGACAAGCAGCCGCUGGGCGGUGUCAUCUACAGCAUCCAGGGCCCCGGUGUGGACAAGGAGCCCCGGGGUGUCUUCUCCAUCGACAAGUUCACGGGGAAGGUGUUCCUGAAUGCCAUGCUGGACCGUGAGAAGACUGACCGAUUCAGGCUAAGGGCCUUUGCCCUGGACCUGGGCGGAUCCACCCUGGAGGACCCCACAGAUCUGGAGAUCGUGGUUGUGGAUCAGAAUGACAACCGGCCCGUCUUCCAGCAGGAAGUGUUCAACGGCCGCGUGCUGGAGGGCGCUGCCCCAGGCACCUUUGUGAUGAGAGCAGAGGCCACCGAUGCAGACGACCCCGAUACAGACAACGCGGCCCUACGGUACUCCAUCCUCGCACAGGGCAGCCCCGAAUUCUUCAGCAUCGAUGAGCGCACUGGCGAGAUCCGAACUGUGCAAGUGGGUCUGGACCGUGAGGUGGUUGCCGUGUACAAUCUGAGCCUGCAGGUGGCAGACAUGUCUGGAGAUGGACUCACAGCCACUGCCUCAGCCAUCAUCACCCUGGACGACGUCAAUGACAAUGCACCAGAGUUCACCAGGGACCAGUUCUUCCUGGAGGCCACGGAGGCAGUCAGCGGCGUGGAUGUGGGUCGGCUGGAGGUGCAGGACAGGGACCUGCCUGGCUCCCCCAACUGGGUGGCCAGGUUCACAAUCCUGGAGGGUGACCCUGAUGGGCAGUUCACCGUCCGUACAGACCCCAAGACCAACGAGGGUGUCCUGUCUGUGGUAAAGCCCCUGGACCAUGAGAGCCGCGAGCACUACCAGCUCCGUGUGUCAGUGCAAAAUGAGGCCCCGCUGCAGGCACCUGCCCCCAGGACCACACGGGGCCAGGCCAUGGUCAACGUGCAUGUGCAGGAUAUCAAUGAGGCACCCCUCUUCCAUGAGAACCCACUCCGAACCAGCCUUGCCGAAGGGGCGGCCCCAGGGACCCCUGUGGCCACCUUCUCUGCCCGAGACCCCGACACCCAGCAGCUGCAGAGGCUCAGCUACUCCAAGGACUAUGACCCUGAGGACUGGCUUCAAGUGGACGCAGCCACUGGCCGGAUACAGACCCAGCGCGUGCUCAGCCCCGCCUCCCCCUUCCUCAAGGACGGCUGGUACCGAGCCAUCAUCCUGGUCAGCGAUGACGCCUCGCCUCCGCGCACGGCCACAGGCACCCUGUCCGUGGAGAUCCUGGAGGUGAACGACCACGCGCCCGUGUUGGCUCCGCUGGCCGGCAGCGUGUGCAGUGAGCCGGCACGGGGCUCCGGCCUCCUCCUGGGGGCCACAGACGAGGACCUGCCCCCGCACGGCGCCCCCUUCCACUUCCAGCUGAGCCCCCGAACCCCGGAGCUGGCCCAGAACUGGAGCAUCAGCCAGGUUAACGUGAGCCACGCGCGUCUGCGGUUGCGCCACCGGCUGCCCGAGGGCCUGCACCGCCUCAGCCUGCUGCUCCGCGACUCCGGACAGCCGCCGCAGCAACGGGAGCAGCCGCUGAACGUGAGCGUGUGCCGCUGCGCCGCCGACGGCGCUUGCCUGCCGGGGGCCGCAGCCCUGCGCGGUGGGGGCGCGGGUGUCAGCCUGGGCGCGCUGCUCGUCGUGCUGGGUAGCGUCAUCCUGCUGCUCUUGCUCAUCCUGCUGGUGGCCCUCCUGGCGCGAUGCCGGCGGCGGUCGCGGGACAAGGGACUGCUGCACGGGCUCCAGGACGACCUCCGUGACAACAUUCUCAACUACGACGAGCAGGGAGGCGGGGAGGAGGACCAGGACGCCUACGACCUCAGCCAGCUGCGCCACCCCACAGAGCUGGCGGCCCUGGGCGGGCCUCUGGGGCGGCCGCCGCUGCGCCGCGAUGCCCCUUCCGGCCGCCUGCCUGGCCCGCUGCCCCGCCUGCUGCCUGCCAGCACCGCCGACAUUGCUGGCUUCAUCCGCAACGGCUUGGAGGCUGCAGAUGGUGACCCCAGCGUGCCACCCUAUGACACAGCCCUCAUCUACGACUACGAGGGGGACGGCUCCGUGGCAGGGACAUUGAGCUCCAUCCUGUCCAGCCUGGGGGACGAGGACCAGGACUAUGACUACCUCCAGGACUGGGGCCCCCGCUUCGCCCGGCUGGCAGACAUGUACGGGCACCAGUGAGGCAGCCCUAUGUGGGUGUCUGAUGGAGCAGGGUGGGGUCUUGUUGCCUCGGUACUGCAGCACAGACACCUCAGGUGCUUUCUCCUGCUGGCACCGUGCCCAGAGGGCCGUCUGAUGGGACACCCCAUCCCUGCCAGGUGGGAGGUGGCUGGAGGGCCCCAGGCCCCUCCUCCUGCAUUUCAUUGUCCCAGGGGCGCCCCGGACACCAGAAGCAAGGAGACGGUGGCCAAAGGUAGUGUCCACCCACCCCGUGUGGGAAGAGCGGUGACUGGGGGUCAGCACAGCCCCAUUCCCACAUCUGCUCUCGUCUUUGUGUGAAAGCAGCCCCCACAGCAGAUCUGAAUUAAAAGGUGCUAGUCUCUCCAGGGAAACCCUGGGUUUUAUUAGUCUCUCCAGGGAAACACUGGUGGUGUAGUGGUUAAGUGCUAUGGCUGCUAACCAAAAGGUCAGCAGUUCAAAUCCACCAGGUGCUCCUUGGAAACUCUAUGGGACAGUCCUACUCUGUCCUAUAGGGUCGCUGAGUCGGAAGCGACUCGAUGCAACAGGUUUGAUUUUUUUGGUAGUCUCUCCAGUGUGGGCCUGGCACCAGAGCUGCUCUGGUUCCCAGGGGGUGAUGUGGCCCCACUCCCAGGAUAGGGUUCUGGCUAGUCCAGGGCCGAAGACAGGGCCGUCCAGAGCGUUGGCCCUUUUCCGUUUUGGCAGGCAGCCAGGGCUGGAGCAGCAGGCUGUCUCAGGCUGCCCCUAAUUGGGGGGUUGGGAGACCUUGGCCCUGGCUCCAGGUUAGUGAGCCAGGGGGAAGGUGCUUCUGGGGCUCAGA